UCGUGCACGUCUCUCUCUCUUUUUUUUUUCACUCACUCCUCUUAUAAAGACUCCGUGAUCAAAAAGUACUCAGAAACUCCCAUUCUUCGAUAACGAGAGAUGGGUUCUUCGUGCGAAGAGUACGAGUUUCUGAGUGAGAUUGGGCUGAGCAGCUCUCACAACCUUGGAAACUACGUCGGUGGCAAAUGGCUAGGCAACGGUCCUGUUGUUUCUACUCUGAAUCCUGCUAACAAUCAGCCAAUUGCUCAAGUUGUUGAAGCUUCUCUGGAAGAUUACGAAACAGGUCUGAAGGCUUGCGAGGAAGCAGCUAAAGUAUGGAUGCAGGUUCCUGCUCCCAAGAGAGGUGAUAUUGUUAGGCAAAUCGGAGACGCACUAAGAUCCAAGCUUGACUAUCUUGGCCGUCUUCUUUCUCUUGAAAUGGGAAAGAUCCUUGCCGAAGGCAUUGGUGAAGUUCAGGAAGUAAUUGACAUGUGUGAUUUUGCUGUUGGUUUGAGCCGACAACUCAAUGGAUCUGUCAUUCCUUCUGAACGCCCAAAUCAUAUGAUGUUGGAGAUGUGGAAUCCUCUUGGCAUCGUUGGUGUUAUCACAGCGUUUAACUUCCCAUGUGCAGUUCUUGGUUGGAAUGCAUGCAUUGCACUGGUCUGCGGAAACUGUGUUGUCUGGAAAGGUGCUCCAACUACACCGUUGAUUACCAUCGCAAUGGCCAAACUAGUGGCUGAGGUUCUAGAGAAGAAUCAUUUACCCGGUGCCAUUUUCACUGCCAUGUGUGGUGGCGCUGAGAUUGGCGAAGCAAUAGCCAAAGACACACGCAUUCCUCUAGUAUCCUUUACUGGAAGCUCCAAGGUGGGCUUAACGGUGCAACAAACAGUGAGCGCUAGAUCUGGCAAAACUUUGCUUGAACUGAGUGGAAACAAUGCGAUCAUAGUCAUGGACGAUGCUGACAUUCAGUUAGCUGCACGUUCUGUUCUGUUUGCUGCGGUUGGAACCGCUGGUCAACGCUGCACAACUUGCCGUAGGCUGCUAUUGCAUGAGAGUGUGUAUGAAAAAGUACUUGAGCAACUCCUGACUUCAUACAAACAAGUUAAGAUCGGUGAUCCUCUCGAGAAAGGGACGUUGUUAGGACCAUUACAUACUCCUGAAUCAAAGAAAAACUUUGAGAAAGGAAUCGAAGUCAUCAAAUCCCAGGGUGGUAGAGUACUAACGGGAGGUAAAGCAGUUGACGGUGAAGGAAACUUUGUGGAGCCUACGAUAAUAGAGAUAUCAUCAGAUGCUGCUGUUGUUAAAGAAGAGCUGUUUGCUCCGGUUCUAUAUGCUCUAAAGUUUAAGACAUUUGAAGAAGCUGUUGCAAUAAACAACUCAGUUCCUCAAGGUCUAAGCAGCUCGAUAUUCACCCGUAGCCCCGAGAACAUCUUCAAGUGGAUCGGACCAAUGGGAAGUGACUGUGGGAUAGUGAAUGUGAACAUACCGACGAAUGGAGCUGAGAUAGGAGGAGCUUUUGGAGGUGAGAAAGCGACUGGUGGCGGUCGUGAAGCUGGUAGUGACUCUUGGAAGCAGUAUAUGCGCCGUUCCACUUGUACUAUCAACUAUGGGAACGAGUUACCUCUGGCACAAGGAAUCAACUUCGGUUAAGUCCCCAGAGAUUUGCGUACCGGUUAAUGUUGUAUUUGGCUGUAUGUUUCUAUGGGUUGGGACUUGUAAAACAUAACAACGCUAAAAUUAAAUAAUAAAAAUAAUAUAAUGUUACUUGAUUGUUACGUUUUUUAA